AUGCUGCAAUCGCGCGCGCCACCGCCACCCGCAUGGCGCCACCGCGCUGCCGGCGAGCAGCGCAUGCACCUCCCCUUCCUGCCCCACCCUCCACACCUCGCUCCCCCCUCCGUUCCCCCAUCCCCUUCCCCGCCUUCCCCUCCGUUCCCCCAUCCCCUUCCCUGCCUUUCCCCCGCAGCGGCGUCAGCACAAGCGGCGGACACAGCGGCCUUCUCGCAGGGCGGCUUCGAGCAGCUGCUGCUGGACCUGCAGGCCGCCAUCUGUCACCAGUCAGCAGCGCGGGACGGCAGCGGCAAGGCGUUCGUGGAGGAGCGGUGGGAGCGCGACCCCGGCAACCCGUGGGCGGGGUAUGGCAUCACACGCGUGCUGGAGGGCGCCCACGUGCUCGAGAAGGCCGCUGCCAACGUGUCCAUCGUUAGAGGCCAGCUCACUGCGGCACGCGCCAAGGCCAUGAGUGCGAGGCAGGGGAGGCAGCUGGCAGAGGGGACGGGGUACUUCGCCGGUGCGCUGUCGCUGGUGUUCCACUCCGCGCACCCGCUCAUCCCCACCUUCCGCUCCGACAUCCGCUACUUCCAGGUGGACGGGCAGAACGGCUGGUUUGGUGGAGGGGCCGACCUCACGCCUUCAUACCUCUUCCCGGCGGACAUCAGGGAGUUCCACGCGUUCUACCGCGCCAUCUGCGACCGCUACCACCCGCAGCUGUACGCGGCGGCCAAGGCGCAGUGCGACGGGUACUUCUACCUGCCGGCGCGCGCGGAGCACCGCGGGGUGGGCGGCAUCUUCUUCGACGACCUCGACCGCAUCCCCCCACCCCACGCCCCCCUCGCCCUCAGCCCCUCUGCCGCUCCCGCACCCGCUACUGCUGCUGGCGCGGGCGAGGAGGGCUUUGAACGGGCGCAUCGCUUCACGGUGGACGUGGCGCGGGGCUUCAUGGACAGCUUCUGGCCCAUCGUGGACAGGCGGCGUGGCUUGGCGUUUACUGAGGCGCAGCGGCAGUGGCAGCUGGAGCGGCGGGGGCGGUACCUGGAGUUCAACCUGCUGUACGACCGCGGGGUGAAGUUCGGCAUGGAUGGCCACGGGCGCGUGGAGUCCAUCAUGGUGUCCGGUGAGCGCCGGGCAGGGGGGACGUGCGUGUCCGGUGAGCGCCGGGCAGGGGGGACGUGCGUGUCCGGUGAGCGCCGGGCAGGGGGGACGUGCGUGUCCGCGGCGUGGGUGGAUGGUGAAGUGAGAGGCGUGCGAGGGGAGGGCGUUGGAGGUAGUUGCCUCCACGAAUCUCGUUUUUCUUACCUAUCCCCCAUCCUCCAUCCCCUCACCUUCCGUCAUUGUCCGUCCUUUCCCCCCACUCCUCCCAUGGCACCGUGCACGAGUGCAGCUCCACCGCUGAUCGCGUGGCGCUACAACGUGCAGCCGCAGCCAGGCUCGCCAGAGGAGGAGCUGGUCAAGGUGCUCAAAUCGCCCGUUGACUGGGCGUGA